AGACUUUAGGAUUAUAAAUCUUCUCUCCCUUAUGCCCCCACCUUUGGUUAAAAAUUUCAGGGGCCUUGCUACCUUUAAGUGUGUGGCUGGGGUGGGGGGCGGGAAUUAGGGAGGGUUUCCAAGGAACAGAGGACUCAGAGAGAAGAGGAGAUGUAGGAACAAAGUGAGCUGAGGACAAGGAGAUCAGAGAUGGAACUCCCUGGCAUCAUACCUGGUGCACAGAAGGGGUUCCACUAACAUCUGUGAAUUUGAAGAAGGUAUAAGAGAGUGUAGGGAGUGAGGGGAAACUGGAGACAGAGGAAGAAUUAGGAGGGGAAGCUGGGAGAGGGAGUAUGGGGGAAGAGAGAGGGAGAAGGAAAUGCUAAUUAAAAGAGGUAUGGAGGAAGAGAAGGUACAAAGAGAAAUAACAUGAGACACUCACGUGGUAUUCAGUGCUGCCCUGUUAUUAGUCUGAGCACUUUAUAUGUACUAGAUCACUUAAUCCUCCCAACAACCUUAUGAAGUAGGCCUUGUUUUUAUUCCCAUUUGACAGGUGAGGAAACUGAGGCACAGACAGAGUAAGUAGCACGUCCCUCCAAGCUCCCACAGCAAAUAAGCUUUGGCGCUCAGCUUAGGGAGCCUGGCUCUCCAGGCUGUAACCCUGACCAUCGCACUGCACUCCGCCGCAGGGAGGGGUCGGGUCCCAAGGUGACGAGAGAGAUACAUUUGCUUUUUCGGGGCAGAAGAGUUGGCAUCUUGGCUCCACCACUUACAGCCAGUCACUAAACCUGUUUCCUCAUCUGUGAAAUGGGAAUGAGUUUCUGCUUCAUAGGAUUGAUGGAGGGCUAGAUCAAGUGUCUCUCCCAGUCAUGGAGCCCAAUGGCUUCUUCACUCCGCAGCUUAGGAGGCCUCUCUGCCAGGAGCUCACCACCGGUCACCUGGGAAACUUGGCUUAGCUUUCCCUGGAGAGUUUCUCUGAGUCUGUGUAAGCACCUGCACUGUGUCAGCCUCUUCUACUGCCUGGUAGAGGACCUUGGGCCAGGGCAGCCCCAUCCCCUGUACCCCUCCUACCCUUCAGGCAGCAGCAUGGAGGGAAAAAAUUCCAACUGAGAGGGCCCUGGGUCCCAGCACCUGAGUUACCAUUCUCUCAUUCUCUUUUUUUGCUCUUUCUCCCUAGGACGCUCGGAGACCCGCUCUGCUGGGCAGUCCAGGCGGGGUGGGCACGGAGCCUCCCAGGCCCGGGCAAUGGGCAUGGGCGGGGGCUGUGGCUGAAGACCUCCCCCGCCCACUGCAGACCCUGGGGGCCUCCCCCUCACUCACCACAGCUGCCAUGGCCACCAAUAAGGAGCGACUCUUUGCGGCUGGUGCCCUGGGGCCUGGAUCUGGCUACCCAGGGGCUGGCUUCCCCUUUGCCUUCCCAGGAGCACUCAGGGGGUCUCCACCUUUCGAGAUGCUGAGCCCUAGCUUCCGGGGCCUGGGCCAGCCUGACCUGCCCAAGGAGAUGGCUUCUCUGUCGGUGGAGACACAGAGCACCAGCUCAGAGGAGAUGGUGCCCAGCUCGCCCUCGCCCCCUCCACCUCCUCGCGUCUAUAAGCCUUGCUUCGUGUGCAAUGACAAGUCCUCUGGCUACCACUACGGGGUCAGCUCUUGUGAAGGCUGCAAGGGCUUCUUCCGCCGCAGCAUCCAGAAGAACAUGGUGUACACAUGUCACCGCGACAAAAACUGUAUCAUCAACAAGGUGACCCGGAAUCGCUGCCAGUACUGUAGGCUCCAGAAGUGCUUCGAAGUGGGCAUGUCCAAGGAAGCUGUGCGGAAUGACAGGAACAAGAAGAAGAAAGAGGUAAAAGAAGAAGCAUCACUUGACAGCUACGAGCUGAGCCCCCAGUUAGAAGAGCUCAUCACCAAGGUCAGCAAAGCCCAUCAGGAGACCUUCCCCUCGCUCUGCCAGCUGGGCAAAUACACCACGAACUCCAGUGCAGACCACCGGGUCCAGCUGGAUCUGGGACUGUGGGACAAGUUCAGUGAGCUUGCCACCAAGUGCAUUAUCAAGAUAGUGGAGUUUGCCAAGCGGCUGCCUGGCUUUACAGGACUCAGCAUUGCUGACCAGAUCACCCUGCUCAAGGCCGCCUGCCUGGACAUCCUGAUGCUGCGGAUCUGCACAAGGUACACCCCAGAACAGGACACCAUGACCUUCUCUGAUGGGCUGACCCUGAACCGGACCCAGAUGCACAACGCCGGCUUUGGGCCCCUCACAGACCUCGUCUUUGCCUUCGCCGGGCAGCUCCUGCCCCUUGAGAUGGAUGACACCGAGACCGGGCUGCUCAGCGCCAUCUGCCUCAUCUGUGGAGACCGUAUGGACCUGGAGGAACCCGAAAAAGUGGACAAGCUGCAGGAGCCACUGCUGGAAGCCCUGAGGCUGUACGCCCGGCGGCGGCGGCCCAGCCAGCCCUACAUGUUCCCAAGGAUGCUCAUGAAGAUCACCGACCUCCGGGGCAUCAGCACCAAGGGAGCGGAAAGGGCCAUCACCCUGAAGAUGGAGAUUCCAGGCCCCAUGCCUCCCCUGAUCCGAGAGAUGCUGGAGAACCCCGAAAUGUUUGAGGACGACUCUUCGCAGCCUGGUCCCCACCCCAAGGCCUCUAGCGAGGAUGAGGUUCCUGGAAGCCAGGACAAAGGGGGCCACAGCCCCCAGGCUGAACAGGGCCCCUGACUUCCCCUGCCCUGGGGGUCGGGGCUCCAGGAAGCAGACUGACCAUCUCCCGGGCAGCGCCAGCGACUGGGGGAGGACCUGCUCUGCCCUCUCCCCACCCCUUCCAUUGAGCUCCUUGUUUUUGCCAAAGUUUCUAGGGGUGCCUCUGUGUUCAUCCCCUUCCUGCUCUACUCGACUCCCUCUCCAGUUUCGGGGGCCUGUCCUCCCACUGGGAGAGAGGAUAGCGGGGUCGGCCUGGGUUUGGAUGCUAAAAUCUCCAUGCUGCCCCUCAGAUACCAGGGCCCCAGGCUCCCCAGGGCAGGAGGAAGAUCCUGCCAUUCCACAGUCCCUCUGCCAGGUGCUUAGGCCUCUGGGAGCAAACAGGAACACUAGAGACCAAAAGAGGGGUGAAGGGGGAGGGCUGAGCCUACUCUCUCGCUCCUUCCCUUGGUGCCUAAUGCUGCGUAAUGCACCUGUCCGCACCUGCCAGGUGCAUGCCCUCUGUGCCCCAUCCUCGUGCCAGGUCAGGGUGGGGCAGGCUGGGCCCUUCAUUUCAGAGGGGCCGGAGGGUGAAAGGGGCAGAUGCAGGUCCAUUCUGCACUUCUUCCCUGGGGCUGGCCUGCCUGGUGGCCUCCGUUACAAGCCGCCCCCCAGCCCUGUCAUGUGCCUUGGGCUCCCCUCGCCUCCCAUCUCAGCCAUUGGGGCGGGGACCCUCCUACACUACAGAGGGGCCUGCGAUCCCUCUGCCCCCAGUGCCUUCUCCCUUGACCCCCCAGAGCAGCUUGGCCCCGGGAGGGGGGGGUGGGCGCUGCUUAGCUGAUCCCGCCUUGACCCAGAGGAAGCCUCUAUUUAUUUAUUAGCUUUUGUUUACACCCUGGAAUUGAUCGCGUCCUCCGGGGGUCUUGGGAGGGGGAGCCCAGGGCCCCUGUGACCCCUCCCCUUUCCCCGCCAAUCCCCUGUUUGUAUUUAGCUGCCAAAUAAGAUUCCCAAUGGCUCCCCUUUUUCUCUGGGGGGUCAGGGUGCUGUCCCCUCCCCUCUGUUUACAUUUCCCCUCAGCCCGCUGUAUCGCAUAUUGCUGAGUUUUCUAUUUUUGCAAAAUAAAGUGAUGGAAACUC